AUGGCUUUCAUGGUAAAACACAUGGUGGGAGGCCAGCUGAAGAACCUGACAGGCGGACUGACGGAGGAGAAAUCCGAGGGGGAGAAGUCAGAGGCCGCCGCGCAGGGGAUGACCCAAGAGGAAUUUGAACAAUACCAGCAACAGUUAGAGGAGGAAAAACGAGAACGAGAAGCCCAUUUUGCCCAGAAGAAGGCUGAAAGAGCCACGGUUAGGAGUCAUUUCCGGGACAAGUAUCGAUUACCAAAGAACGAGACGGACGAGACCCAGAUCCAGCAGGCGGGGGACGACGUGGUGUUGCCCACAGAGCUGGCCAAGAUGAUCGCUGAGGACAACCAGGAGGAAGCACACAAGCAGUCGGUGCUGGGCCAGCUGUCCAACAUCCAGAACGUGGACAUGGACCAGCUGAAAGACAAAGCCCAAGCCACACUGGAAGACCUCAAAAAGCAGACGGAGAAUUGCAGUCUCAUGUGAUUGGGCCAACUCUGAGUCCCAUAAGAUUAGUUUUACUUGUACAAAUAUUUUUCAGAGGCAGGGCUGCUCUAGAGAUAGAAAUAUUCUUGUUGUGUCAGUGGAAGGCCAGUUGGCAGAGCCACAUAAUAACAGUUUUUCUAGCAGUGCGAAGUGAGACAGACGCCCUGCGGAAAGGAAAGUAAUAGACGAGGAAGCUGAUAUUUUGAAAUCUGGGGCUCAUAUUACUAACUGGGAAGAAAAGCAUUCUAGCCAUGGUGCCAUCUAGAUGAGCUAGUUUGGUGGGUUUUCCUGUCGACCUUCGAGCAUCCUGUAAGUCAUGAGUGUCACGCUUAUUCUUACUGGAAUGAGCUAACUUGCGCGCUGAAAGACUGUGGUUCUUUGGCUCCUCCCACUGAUUUAACCAAUGGGAUUAUUUCUGCAUUUAGAACAACGCCUCCUCUGAGGGAACUUUGUCCAGUGUAUCAAAUCCUUUCGUUCCCCAGCCUCCCUCUCUCUCUGUACCUCACGUGACCAGUCGUAACACAAUAUGAUCCUGCAGCAGAGGUCUCAGGUAUGUGUGCAGGUUUUUAUUGCUUCCAAACGCACAGCUGCUAAUCUCCCCUGACGAACACGUGCAUUUCUCAACAAGAGAGGACACUCCUCGGUAAGAUCAGCUGCUUGGUUGGAACAAAAACGGCUGACACUGGCUCGUGUGAGGCGGUCGUGUGCUUGUUAUGCUUAAAUUAGGAAAUUCGGUUAUAAAUAAACUGAAGGAGCCAUUUGCGGGGCUGUUUAUAUUUCGCAUACAAAAGCACAAAAAUCUUGAAGUGGGCAAAAUCCAUUUAGAGCAACAAAUGAGGCUCAUCUUUGUUGUAAGUAGCUUACUAAUGUUGGCACCCCAGUGCCCUGAUGAAAGCUCCCUGUGAGCUGCAUUAAUCUUAGUGUUAAUCUUUUCCGAAACAUAUCAUUGUGAAGGCUUUUUUAGCUUUUUCCGUACUUCAGUGUGCCUUGGAUGUCCGUGCAAGGUUGUCUUCUUUAGAGCUGCGAGAUCUGUAAGCUACUUUUUACAAAAACCGGCCGUCUUGUUCGCUCCUGCGGAGAAUUUCUGUUUUUUCAGCUUAAUUAAAAGCAACAAACAAUUUUGCAGGCCGGCGCAUAUGACGUCUCGAGGGCAGGAUAGAUUUGCUGCAUUUUGUAAGCUGUAAGUAAAUACAGUAAAGCGUGUACAAUAACUGUGCUCCCAAAUUUAACCUAGCAUCAAUUUCAACUACAUAGGGAGUAAAUCUGUUUUUGUGCUGCAUCCAGUUGUGAAAGACGAAAGAUGCUCAGAUGAGAGAAAUGUAAAUGCUUUGGAAGUUGAAUCCCAAAGCCUUUGGUGAAAGCACUCAAACCAACAUAGAGGAAAUGGCAUACAUUUGUCAUUAAACUCCAACUAAAUCCAACUACGCAGUCCACGUACAAACAUUUAUGUUGUAUACGAUGUAAAGAUAUCUCCUGUUUGUCUAUAAUGUCAACAGCGGGUCUUCGUUGACUCCGGUUUCAUCAGCUCGCUGGGUCUCAUAGUGUUAUUGACCGUCACAUGACCUUGGAUCUGUCCUCCAUCUCACUCACCCCCUCAGUGGUGCUGUUUUGUGCUGGUGGAUUUUGUGUUGUGGAG